UGAGUGUUGUGGCAAAGAUUAUCAGCAUAAGUACAUAGUUUCAAAGGGGGAUAGGCUUGAGUUUUGCUCUCCUGCUCUAUCUGAGACAGGGCUGUUGAACCUUACUAAAGAGGAUAAACUGAAAAAGACUUCAAGUGCUUCCUCUUGCUGGUGUUUCUUUUUGGGUUCAGCAAUCAGCAUAAUGGUGGUCUUCAUUGCACUGGACCCCACUGACAAGCGCAGGAGCACAUUCAAGCUUUGCCAGAAGAUCUCUAAGCGAAGCACGUGGAAGCAGAAGUGAGCCUAAACCACAAGCCACAAAAAUACAGCUGAAAGGAAGCUAAGGAGCUAAGGCCAGUGAAGUCUGCCAAAAAGUCAGGCUGAACAAGACAAACUGCAGGUUGAUUCCCACAGCACCUGUCUCCUUGGGGUCUCGGGGCCACAGUCAGAUUGUUUAGUUCCCUCCAUUGGGAUUCAGGAGAGAAAGCAGGUCUCUUUGAGGAUGGUGAGACUGUGAUCCUGAGGAGCCAGUGUGGAAACUAAAAUGGGUCUGUUGCAGCAGAAAACUGGGGCGCGCUGGCUCUAUCGGACCAUGCUCCUCCUGGCUGGAGGGUCCUUUUUCUUGAUGCCGUAUGCCCUGAUGUGGAAAGCUGGGAACAUCGUCAACCUGCCCCACAAAAGAAUCGGCUUCUACAACUUCUGCCUGUGGAACCAGAUGGCUGGAGAGCUGCAGUGCCUAGAAUUCAAGGACCUGAUGGACAUGGGGGUUGGCCAGGUUGAGCUAGUGAUGGCAAGGCUCUGUGUAUACACUGUCCAGGUCCUCUGUAGCUUCUCCCCCUUUUUAAUCAUACAGGCCCAAUGUGCAAACACCAGAGAGGCCUGGGGAGUGACCCUUGUGGUGCUGAGCCUCUCGGCUGCGCUUCUGGCUGGUGGCCUCAGCUUGUUUCUGCUCCAGACCUGGGUUUGGCUUCAUCUCUCUGAACUCAAUGGGGGUUUCAUGGCACUAGCUGGGGCUCAGGCCCUGCUGCUGCUCCAGCUUUUUGCUGCUGUGUACUUCACAUGGUUCAACGAGGUUCCUGAAAAGGGCAGCCCUUCCCCUGAGAAGCAGGCCCCAGCCUUGCAGGUCUGAAGGCAGAGAUGGAGGAAGACUCAGUACUAGCUUGUGGGAGCUCACUGGCACCUGACCAAAAUGACCAAUGAGGAGACAAAAUACUUUCAGAAGCUGUGGGGAGAAACAAAGCCUCUCUCUCUCU